AUGGCGCCGAUCAAGCGCAAGGGGAAUGCCCCCGAAGAAUCGGCUGCUCGUCAGCCGCAAAAACGCGCCAAGGUCGGAGCGGAGGAGAGCAAAAAGGACUCCAAGCCUCAGGAUUCCGCCCCGAAAGCUUCAGAGCUCUCUGUUCUUCGCGACGACGAGCCGUCCUUCCCUCGUGGUGGCGGCAGUGUCCUGACUCCAUUGGAGCGCAAGCAAAUUCAGAUUCAAGCCAACAAGGAUGUGUUGUUCGAGCAAAAGGGUCAGAAGAAGCAGACCCGUGAAUUUGACGACGAGAACGAUGAUGAUGAGGAUGAUGUCGAUAUGGAGGAUGGAGAAAUUACAACUACCGCCAAAAAGUCAAGGAAGAAGAAGACUAAGGGCAAGAAGUCUGAAGACCAGGAAAAGCCCGAGAAGGAGGGCGUGCAUAUUGAGUCUCUCACCUACAAGCGCAUUGUUCCCGGAUCUAUGAUCCUCGGUCAGGUCUCGAGCAUCAACGCCCAUGAUGUCGGCAUUUCAUUGCCCAACAACCUCGUUGGCUACGUCUCUCUUACCGCGGUCUCGAAAGUACUCGACGAUAAGAUUGAGAAGCUGCUCAACAACGAGGAUGAUGAUGCGGAUGAGGACAGCUCGGAUGAGGAGUCAUUCGACCUCAAGGACUUCUUCUAUCUCGGUCAAUACGUGCGUGCCUAUGUUGUCUCCACUGGUACGGAGGCUUCCGAGGCUGGUGGCCGCAGCAAGAAGCGCAUUGAAUUGUCCCUCGACCCCAGACAAGCCAACACUGGCCUCAAGAAGUCAGACAUAGUGGAAGAGUCUGUUUUCCAGGCUUCCGUUGUCAGUGUCGAGGAUCACGGUCUGGUCAUGGACCUUGGUAUCGAGGGUUCAGACCUGAAGGGCUUCAUGUCUUCGAAGGAGAUUGAUCCUCAUGUGGAGUACUCUAAAAUCAAGGAGGGAAUGGUCUUCCUCUGUGUUGUUACUGGCCAGAAUGCCAGCGGCAAUGUCAUCAAGCUGUCUGCCAACCUCCAGUCCGCUGCUUCCAUCAAGAAGUCCCACUUCCUCAGCGCCGCCCCUACUAUCAACUCCUACCUCCCUGGUGUUGCGGCGGAGAUCCUGCUGACUGAGGUUACCGAGAAUGGUAUGAUGGGUAAAAUUAUGGGCAUGCUCGACACUACCGUCGACCUUGUCCAGUCUGGUGCCAAUGACGGAAAGCUCGAUUUGGUGCGGAAGUUCAAGAUCGGUGCCAAGAUCAAGGGCCGUAUCGUAUCGACUUUCCCCUCUGCUGAGCCUUUCAAGGUCGGCUUCUCCAUGCUUGACCACAUUGUUAAGCUUUCUUCCGACGCUCACGGCCCCGGCUCCGAAGACGCCCCUGCUCUCUCCGCCAUUGUCCCCGAAGCUAAGGUGGUGAAGGUUGACCCCGGUAUGGGUGUCUACGUGCAGAUCGGAGAGACUAAGCACCUUGGUUUCGUCCAUAUUUCUAGACUCUCCGAUGGUAAGGUCGAAUCCAUUUCGGCCGACUCCGGUCCUUUCCAGGUCGGAGCUACCCACGAAGCCCGUAUCGUUGGAUUCAACAAGAUCGAUAACCUAUACCUCCUUUCGUUCGAGAAGACUGUCAUUGAACAGCCCUUCCUCCGGAUUGAGGAUGUCACCGUGGGUGCUACCGUUAAGGGAAAGAUUGAGAAGACUUUGAUCGGACCUACCGGUAUGGAUGGUUUGAUUGUCAGCCUGGCUGAUGGUAUUACUGCUCUCGUCCCCUCCAUGCACUUUGCAGAUACUCAACUUCAGCACCCCGAGAAGAAGUUCCGUGAGGGCCUGAAAGUCUCCGCCAGAAUUUUGUCUGUCAACCUUGAGAAGCGCCAAAUUCGUUUGACCCUGAAGAAGAGUUUGUUGAACAGCGAGUCUGCUAUCUGGAAGGACUACAAGGACAUCACCCCCGGAUCCCAAUCUCCUGGUACCAUUGUCAACCUACAGGCUCACGGUGCGGUUGUCCAGUUCUACGGCACCAUCCGUGGCUUCCUUCCCGUGUCCGAGAUGAGUGAAGCAUACAUCAAGGACCCUGCUCAGCACUUCAAGCUCGGCCAGGUCGUCAAUGUGCACGCUCUGAGCGUUGAUGCUUCCCAGGGCCGUCUGGCCGUUUCAUGCAAGGACCCCUCAACCUUCACCGAGAAGUACCGCAAGGCCUUCGAGGACUUGCAACCUGGCAUGCUUGUUUCUGGAUCAGUCUUCGAGCAGUCUAAUGAUGAUGUGCUUCUCAAGCUUGACGAGUCUGGUCUCGUCGCCCGUCUUGACGUGCAACACAUUAUUGAUGGAUCACCGUCCAAGCAAAGCUCGACUUUGUCCAAGAUUCGCGUGGGCCAAAAGCUGAACGACCUUCUCGUUCUCGACAUCCAGCGUGCCCACCGCCUCAUUCGUGUCUCUAGCCGAGCUAGUUUGAAGAAGGCUGUUAAGCAGGGUUCCAUGCCCGGCAAGUUCGAAGAUAUCCAUGAGGGAUCAACCGUCACUGGCUUCAUUCGCAACAUUACCCCUGCUGGCCUGUUCAUUGAGUUCUUGGGUGAUCUCACCGGUCUCAUUCCUAAGCGUCUCAUCGAAGAUGCCAAUCUCUCUCAGCCCGAGUUCGGCAUGUUGAAGGGUCAGACAAUCACCCCGACAGUCCACUCAGUUGAAAUCGACCUUCAGCGAUUCAUCCUUAGCUUGAAGCCCUCCGAGGCUACUCAAUCUGGCCCCAAGAAGACCAAGACCAAGACUCCACAGACUGAUGAUGCUCUCGCCAACCCCAUCGACGAGAACGUCUCCACGAUCUCUGACCUGGCCUUUGGCCGUGUUGUCAAGUGCAAGGUUGCCUCUAUCAAGGCCACCCAGGUCAACGUUCAGCUGGCCGAUAACAUCCAGGGACGUAUCGAUGUCUCUGAGAUUUUCGACAAGUGGGAGGACCUCAAGGACCGCAAGCACCCCCUGCGUUUCUUCAAGCCUAAGGAGGUUCUCUCUGCUAGAAUCAUCGGUGUCCACGAUGCGCGCAGCCACAAGUUCCUUCCUAUCUCUCACCGUACCGGCAAAUACCCCGUCUUCGAGCUAUCCAUCAAGCCUACCUUCAUGAAGGCUGCCAAUCCCGAUCUGUUGAACAUGGAACAGGUCAAGAUCGGCUCUUCCUGGAUGGGCUUCGUCAAUAACGUUGCUGAUGACUGCCUUUGGAUCAACCUGUCUCCCAAUGUCCGUGGCAGACUUCGCUUGAUGGAUGCUUCGGAUGACCUGUCUCUCCUGACCGAUGUUGAGAAGAACUUCCCCAUCGGAUCUGCGCUCAAGGUCCAGGUUACCGCUGUCAACGCUGACAAGGGCCACUUGGAUCUGACUGCCAAGCAGGGUUUCGACAAGCUUUCCUUUGGAGACAUCUCCGUCGGCAUGAUCCUGCCCGGUCGUGUAACCAAGGUCACUGAGAAGCAACUUAUCAUGCAGCUCGGUGAGGCCCUCGUCGGUGCUGUUAACCUUAUCGAUAUGUCCGACGACUACUCCAAGGCCAACCCGACGGUGCACCAGAAGAACGAAGUCAUUCGGGCUUGUGUUAUUGCCGUUGACAAGGCCCACAAGAAGAUCUAUUUGUCUCUUCGUCCCUCAAAGGUGAUGAGCGCGUCGCUACCUGUGCAGGACCGCGAAAUCACAUCGAUGAAGGAGCUCAAGGCCAACGAGGUCGUUCGUGGUUUCGUCAAGCGCGUCACGGACGCCGGUCUCUUUGUCUCUGUCGGUCAUGAUGUUACCGCCUACGUACGCAUCUCUGACCUCUCCGACUCAUACCUCAAGGAGUGGAAAGACUCGUUCCAGGCCGAUCAGCUUGUCAAGGGCAGAAUCACUCUGGUCGAUGCCGAACAGGGCAAACUGCAGAUGAGUCUGAAGGAGUCUGUGCUGGACCCCAACUUCAAGAACCCUGUCACCAUUCGGGAUCUUAAGACUGGCCAGGUCGUUACUGGCAAGAUCCGCAAGGUUGAGGAGUUUGGUGCUUUCAUUGUUAUCGAUGGCUCUCGAAACGUUAGCGGUCUUUGCCACCGCAGCGAGAUGGCUGAGAAGCGCGUUGAGGAUGCUCGUACCUUGUACAACGAGGGCGAUGCUGUCAAGGCCAAGGUUGUCAAGAUCGACCUCGAGCAGAAUAAGAUCUCCUUCUCUCUGAAGGCCUCCCACUUCCAGGAUGAGGCGGAGGACAGCGAGGAUGAGGAGAUGAGCGACGAGCUUGGCGGUGUCGAGCUGGCUGGAAGUGAUGACGAGGAUGAAGAUGACGACGAUAUCUCCAUGGGAGGUGUUGAGGUCGAAGAUGACAGCGAAGAGGAGGAGGAGGAGAGUGACGAUGAGGAUGCCGCCAUGUCGGGUACCAAGCCGUCCAAGGCUGGGGGCCUUGGUGCCGAUAGCUUUGACUGGAGCGGCAACGUCCAGUCCAAGCAGGACGCUGCCGCCGACAGUGACGACGAGGACUCGAAGAAGAAAAAGAAGAAGAACCGCAAGCCCGAGAUCCAGGUUGACCGUACCGGCGACCUGGAUACGAACGGCCCUCAAACUGUCGCCGAUUACGAGCGUCUUCUUCUGGGUGAGCCCGACUCUUCUCUCCUCUGGCUGCAGUAUAUGGCCUUCCAGCUGGAGCUGGGUGAGGUCGAGAAGGCUCGCUCCAUUGGUGAGCGUGCUCUGCGCACCAUCGCCAUGGGCCAGGAUGCCGAGAAGCUGAACAUUUGGGUCGCGAUGCUGAACUUGGAGAAUACCUACGGCAACGACGACAGCCUUGAGGAGAUCUUCAAGCGCGCAUGCGAGUACAACGAGCCGGCGGAGAUCUACGAUCGCAUGAUCAGUAUCUACAUCCAGUCUGGCAAGAACGAGCAAGCGGAUGAGCUCUUCAAGCAGGCCAUGAAGAAGAAGAUCUCCAACCAGUCACCGAAGUUCUUCCUCAACUACGCCAGCUUCCUCUUCGACGCCAUGGCGGCUCCCGAGCGCGGUCGCGGCCUGCUCUCGCGCGCCCUGCAAUCGCUCCCGGCCCACACACACAUCGAGACCACUUCCAAGUUCGGACAACUGGAAUUCCGGUCAGCAAAUGGCGACGUGGAGCGCGGUCGUACCGUCUUCGAGGGACUUCUGUCCUCGUUCCCCAAGCGCAUUGACCUGUGGAACAUCCUUCUCGAUCUGGAGAUCAAGGCCGGCGACGCUGAACAGGUUCGCCGCCUGUUCGAGCGUGUGCUGGGACUCCAGAACAAGAAGGGCAAUGUCAGCAUCGAUGCUAGCAAGAAGGUUAAGCCCAAGCAGGCCAAGUUCCUGUUCAAGAAGUGGCUUGCUUUCGAAGAGAAGCUUGUUGCUGAGGGCGGCGACGAGAAGAUGGUGGAGGAUAUCAAAGCACGGGCUGCGGCCUACGUCAAGUCUCUGCAGGAGGAGUAG